AUGGCUCCAAUAUUCUCUCUGUUUCUUGUUUUGAUCACUGAAUUUUCAUUAGCAACUGCUCAACAAAGAAACUCCAACAUAAGCCUAGGCUCCUCUCUCUCUCCAGCCUCUAGCAACUCAUUUUGGUCCUCUGGUUCUGGCCAAUUUGCAUUUGGGUUCUACCCAAAUGGUGAUGGCUUCUCCAUAGGCAUCUGGUACGCAACAAUUGCCCCGAAAACAGUCAUAUGGACAGCGAACCGAGAUGAUCCACCGUUUCACAGAGAUAGUAAAUUGGUUUUGAGUGAUGAUGGAAGGUUGGUAUUGCGACAGGGGGAGGACCCUGAGAUAACAAUUGCCGGUGGCGGUGGGUCCCAGAUUGGUUCAUCAGCUUCCAUUCUGGACACCGGCAACUUCGUUCUCUAUAAUUCAAGUUUAGGGAAAAUAUGGCAGAGCUUUGAAGCUCCAACAGACACCCUUUUGCCCGGUCAGCAGCUUGUCCAAGGGCAAGAGUUGUUCUCUAGCAUCUCUAAGGACAAUCACUCCACUGGCAAGUUUCGGAUGUUAAUGCAGUUGGAUGGAUACCUAGCGCAAUAUCCAGCAGGCAGCCCGAAUACAACAGAAUAUGGUUACUGGGAUUCGGGAAUAUACGGAGGCGGAGACAAUGUGACACUAAAUCUUGAUGACAAUGGCCAAUUAUACUUGCUUAACACCACUGGCAUUAUGAUAAAUCUGUUUGAAGGAGGAGAUGCCUCUGAUAAACUGAUGUACCGCGUGACACUCGAUGCAGAUGGGAUAUUCAGGGUUUACUCAUUUGACUUGAAUCGGAGUGAUGACGAUUGGAAAGUUGAGUGGCCAUCUUCCGACGACAAGUGUCUUCCUAAAGGCUUGUGUGGUGACAAUCAAUAUUGUUCCUUGAAGAAUCAAGAAGCUGUUUGUAAAUGUCUUCCUGGUUUUGAUUUGAUCGACAAGAGGCAUAAGGACUCGGGCUGCAACAGAAAUUAUGUUAGGAAUGGCACUGAUUUUUAUAAGUACUUAGACAAUGUUGUUUGGUUCAAUAAUAACUAUUCCGCAGUGAUCAACAGCUCGAGCAUAUCUGCUUGCGAAGAUGAGUGUUUGAAAGAUUCCAACUGUGAAGUUGUGCUCUAUACAGAUAACCAGUGCCUGAAACAAAAACUUCCACUAAAAUUCGGAAGACCGCAGAAAGAAUCGGAUCGUCAAGAAAUUACACUAGUAAGACGCAGCAAAGAAAAAAAGCAAUCGAUAGUUGUUAUUGUUGUGGUCGUAAUUGUUGCUUUUACUGUGUUAACGAUAUCUGGGGUUCUGAUUUACAUAUGCCUUGUCAAAAAACGUACUGUUCAUGGUAAAGAACCUGUUCUUGGAAUACCUGUUGGAGGAGAUUUUGGAGAAAACCGGUAG